AAUUUGUGAACAAUGAGGAAACAAGUUUUUCUGCUAUUUUUAUUAUCAUUGACAGCUUGCGUUUUUGCUUGGCGAUCGUUUAAGGUGAUAUUCACAUCGUUUCCUUAUGAAAUCAACAAAGACAAACUCGAGGUUAAACUUGAAAUUCGGAAUGACACUGGAGAAACUACUAUCAACUGUCAUAUAAAUGUAAUCGAACAAUUGGAUGACAUGACUCUGGAAUAUGCAAUAUCACUGGAAAAUAGUGAUGCCAAUUGGACAACAUUGAUAAAACGAACUGUACACUUUUGUAAAUUUUUGACAACCAAAACUACCGAUCCAAUUUUGAAAGUAAUUUACGAGGAUUUGCUGAAACAUGGAAAUUUCUUUAAAUCAUGCCCAGUGCAAAAGGGCAUCUAUUAUGUGCACGAUUACAGAAUUGAUGAAGAAAUGCUACCGAGCUAUGUGCCAGAGACAACAAUGGCUGUGGAUAUAUUGUGGAAAAAUGCAAAGAAGGAAACAGCGUUAUUUAAAGGUAGGCUGAUCGGAAAAAUUGACAAGUCUAAGGGAUUUAAUAAUUUGAAGAUAUUUAGUUUGGGAUGAAGAUC